AUGAUGGUCUGGCUGCGCUCGCUGAGAGCACCUCUCUGCGUCUGUGUCCUGGGCAGUCUGUUCCUGGUGCUGCUCUUCCGACUGGCAGGACCGCCGCUACAGGAUGACCACAAAGCGCUCCUUGAGGAGACCCGCAAAUGGCGGGCGGAGCUGGAUCUCCUGAAGCUUAAUUUAGAAAGGCACAAGGAUAAGGAUAAGGAAAAGGACAAGGAGCUCAAGCUGGAAGCCAAGCUGGAACCCAAGCUAGAACCCAAACUGGAGUCCAGGCCAGAGCCAGAGCCAGAUUUGGAAACCCUGCUGCGCAGCAACGAGGACGAGAACUGGGCCCAUGGGCCCGAGUGCGCCCCAUAUCCUCGCUACGAGAACCUGGAGUUCCACAGUCCGCACUUCCAGAAGACGCAACAUGGGAAUCUCACCUACUACCUGUACGGUGCCUACUACGAUCGCCGGCCCAGAGUGGCCGAACUGGUGAUCCUGGCCAUGAUCACCACCUGUACAGAUAACCAUCCGCCCACCUACUGCCAGAUGUGGUUCGAGGGCGAGACCCUGCCGGAGCUGGUGCCGCUCCACGAGUCCAAGCUGGCCUGGUUUCCCCAGUGGGGUCAGGGCGAGGGUGUGCCCUUUCCCACACUGCUCACCUUCCAGAUGCAGUCGCCGCGUCAGCCCCAGCUGGUGGCCCUGGUCUUUGGCAACGGCUGUGCCGUGCCGCAGAACGCUUUGAAGGUUAUCCAGCCGCCGGUGCUGGAGGAGGAGAGGGUCAAGGCUCAGCCCCGCCUGAGGACGGGCAUCUGCGUCAAGUAUCUGCGAUUUCCCGAUGUGGAUAUAUCCGAGCGCCUGGUGGAGUGGCUGGAGCUGAUGCGUCUCCUGGGCGCGGGCAAAAUACGAGCCUUUGACAUUGGCCAGCUGCAUCCGAAUAUCUCGAGAACUUUGGCUUACUACACCCGGCCCGAGGAUGGGCUGCUGGAGCUGCGUCCCUACCAGAUGCUGCCCACGUUCGACGGCAAGACGGAGCUGUGCCGGCAGCUAAACGAGGUGCUGCUCUACAACGACUGCCUGUACCGGAGCCUAUACGAGUUCGACUACGUGGCCGUGAUGGAUGUGGACGAGGUGAUCAUGCCGCUGGGUCGCCAGCGCUCCUGGCCGGAUCUCCUCGAGGAGCUCGAAGCCGCCGAUGUCAACUGUUCGGCUCGGUGUGGCUACUGCUUCAGCAAUGUGUACUUCCCCAAGGAGCUGGCCCCGGAUCCGAAAAUGGAGUCCUGCUUCUACAUGCUGGCCCAUGUGACCCGGGUGGCGGAGCACUUGGACCCGGCGCUGGCGGCCAAGUGUCUGCAUAAUACCGCCUAUUCCACGGUGAUGCACAACCACUUCGCCAUCCAGUGGCGGGAGUCCUGCGGGCCGCAGCAUGUCGACGUAGAGAUGGGCCAGAUGCAGCACUAUCGCCACGUGGACAUCCUGGAGACGCUGGUGAAGCCGCCGCCGAAGCUGGACGAUAAUAUACGGCGCUUCCAGAAGCAGCUCAUGCGCAAUGUCCGGGCUGUCCACCGUCAGCUGGGCUGGCCGGGAGCCACGUGACCCCAACUACUCUAUAUGUAUUUUAAUUGCUUUUCCAGCCGCACUCUCCCUCUCUCUCUUUCUCUUAAGAGGCUUAAGUGGGCGGGACUCCAGGGAGUCCCACGCCCACCCAACGGAUUUUAUUGAUAAGCUAUGAAUAUUCCUGGCUAGAGUUAGCCACCAUUAAUUAUCUAUUCCUUUCCUCUGUGUAUUUAUUACGAUAAGAUGUGGGGAAUAUUAAAGGAGAGCGAGUGAAUAAAGA